GUAAUUAAUUUGAAUAAUGUUUUCCGAAAAUAAUUGGAUAAUUCUAAAUCAAGGACUACCAUUGAAGUCUGAUCGAUCGUCGUCGUUAGAAAUCGUGAAGGCAAGGAAAGGAAGAAAGUGUCGUGAUGGAAAAGGACGCGGUAACGACAGCCGUUCCGAGUUCUUGGUAGAGCUCGCAAUCGACUUAGCCACCACCACGCCUCGUUCUCCUCUCGCGUUUUUCGUGAAGCAGGUGGAGAUCGACGUUAUGUUAAUGGAGUUUCGAGAGAUCUCAGCUAACCAUAUGUUAUCCUGCGCUGCGGCUGCGGAGAAGCAACCUUGUGGUAAACGAAACCUCAUCCUCUUGGGACACACCGGUCAUCCCGAUCUCCCCACGACCGUUUCUGUCAAGUUGACCAUACCCCGGUUACGACUCCGUUAAGAGUUUAAUGGAAUUACCCGGAUUGCGCGAGUACCUGCGCGAAUACAUGUCAAUAACAAAAAUUUGGAGGCAUCAAGA